AUGUCUGACAAUCCCCCCGCCACCGACGCACAGCCACCGGUUCCAUAUCAAGUCUACAAGCCGGAACUGGAGCAGGUGCCGUCCGCGAUCGCGACCCUGCUCGCCGAGUACGCGGGGAUACCGCCCGAGGCGCAGAAGGAGCACAUCAAGACGGUGCGCGAUCAGGCCUUCAAGUCGUACCCGUACCCAUGCCUGGGCCGCUGGCGGUUCCUCGAGCUCGACCUGUCCAGACACCCGUUGUACCACAGCUACAUCGUGCCGAUGAUGUCCAACGACGAGAAAGCAGCGGACGGCGCAGCGGCUGGCGGUGGAAAGGACGACUGGAUCUUCCUGGACCUGGGCUGCUGCUUGGGGCAGGACAUCCGCAAGUUGAUCUUUGACGGCGGGGACGCCAGCCGCAUCUACGGCGCGGACCUGCGUCCGGAGUUUAUCGACGUCGGAUACGCGCUGUUCCGGGACGAAGACAAGUUCCCGCGCGCCGAACACUUCAUCGCCCCGGCCGACGUCUUCGACUUCUCCCCCGAGAGUGAGCUGAGCAAGAAGUGCGACGGGCGCGUCGGCAUCCUGCAUUCCACUUCCGUCUUUCACCUCUUCGAUUGGGACCAGCAGGUCGCCAUGGCGUGCCGGUGCCUGCAGCUGAUGACCACGAAGAACGGCCGCGUGCUGAUCUGUGGAUGUCAAGUGGGCAACGUGACCGCGGGCGAGUUCCCUCGACGUCUGGGUGGGGGCUCACGGUACCGACACAACGAGGCGAGUUGGAAGAAGAUGUGGGACGAAGUCGUCCGCCAGGAAUCGUCCAAGUACGAGAUCCGGGCGGUCAGGGCAGGGGCGGAAAUGUACGGCAGGGAUCAAGACCGCGUCAGAGAGGAGUUGGCAGCGCAGCGCCUGGCUCAAGGAGAAGAUCAAGAGACAGCUAGCGAGGCCAAGGAAGGGGGAAGCAAGGAGGAGCUCAGGUACAUUGGGAGGUUCGAAGAAGGGAUGAGAUGGAUGAAGUACUGGGUUUGGAUUGACUUUGCUUAG